ACCUUACCUUUGGUUUCCGGUGCACUGUCAAACGCCAUAUUUGUUUUUAAAAUGUAAACAAAGAAUACAUCUUAAAACAUCGGACAUAUCUUACAAAAUAAAAAUUACAAGAUCACCCUAUCUCAUUAAAUGAUAAAUUAUCAAGCGUUUGUUGGGAUAAUCUGCUGAAAAUAUGAGCUUUCUCUUCGGCAGCCGGAGCAACAAAACAUUCAAGCCAAAGAAAAAUAUACCAGAAGGGACGCAUCAGUAUGACUUGAUGCAACAUGCAGCUGUCACGCUAGGCAGCGGAAAUCUUAGAUUAGCAGUUAUGCUGCCGGAAGGAGAAGAUCUCAAUGAAUGGGUUGCUGUCAAUACUGUGGAUUUUUUCAACCAGAUCAACAUGUUGUAUGGCACUAUCACAGAAUUUUGUACAGAAGAAACAUGCCCAGUGAUGUCGGCAGGACCAAAAUAUGAGUACCACUGGGCAGAUGGGCAAACUGUGAAGAAACCAAUAAAAUGUUCAGCACCAAAGUAUAUCGACUAUCUCAUGUCUUGGGUACAGGACCAAUUGGACGAUGAAACACUCUUCCCAUCGAAAAUUGGAGUGCCAUUUCCACGGAAUUUCCUAUCAAUUGCAAAGACAAUAUUAAAACGAUUGUUUCGCGUGUACGCACAUAUCUAUCACCAGCACUUCAAGGAGGUCAUGCAGCUGAGUGAAGAAGCCCAUCUGAACACAUCUUUCAAACACUUCAUCUACUUCGUACAGGAGUUUAAUCUAAUCGAACGCCGAGAGCUUGCUCCACUUCAAGAGCUUAUCGACAAGCUGACGAGUAAAGAUCGAUGAAACUGAGAUUUAAAAGCCAUUUUUUUAUGGAUGGAUGUUUGCCCUGCUUAAUGUGUGUAUGACACCAUCUAAUACAUGAUAUUUUAAAACUGUUGGACCACUUUGUGUUUAUUAUGUACAUGUACAGAAAAGCUUUGCGGAGUUUGUGUGAUAGUGCUUUUUACCCAUUUUUAUGUUUUUAGCUCACCUGAGCAAUGCUCAGGUGAGUUUUUCUGAUCGCUCGAUGUCCGGCGUCUGUCGUCCGUCGUCUGUCGUCUGUCGUCUGUCGUCUGUCGUCUGUCAACAUUUAGCUUGUGUAUGCGAUAGAGGCUGUAUUUUUCAAUUAAUCUUCAUGAAUAUUGGUCAGAAUGAUAACCUUGAUGAAAUCUAGGCCGAGUUCGAAAAUGGGUCAUCUCGGGUCAAAAACUAGGUCACUAGGUCAAAUCAAAGAAAAACCUUGUGUAUGCGAUAGAGGCUGUAUUUUUCAUUUAAUCUUCAUGAAUAUUGGUCAGAAUGAUAACUUUGAUGAAAUCUAGGCCGAGUUCGAAAAUGGGUCAUCUCGGGUCAAAAACUAGGUCACUAGGUCAAAUCAAAGAAAAACCUUGUGUAUGCGAUAGAGGCGGUAUUUUUCAAUUAAUCUUCAUGAAUGUUGGUCAGAAUGAUAACCUUGAUGAAAUCUAAGCGGAGUUCGAAAAUGGGUCGUCUCGGGUCAAAAACUAGGUCACUAGGUCAAAUCAAAGAAAAACCUUGUGUAUGCGAUAGAGGCUGUAUUUUUCAAUUCUUCUUCAUUAAUAUUGGUCAGAAUGAUAACCUUUAUGAAAUCUAGGCCGAAUUCGAAAAUGGGUCAUCUUGGGUCAAAAACUAGGUCACUAGGUCAAAUCAAAGAAAAACUUCGUGUAUGCAAUAGAGGCUGUAUUUUUCAAUUGAUCUUCAUGAAUUUUGGUCAGAAUGAUUGCCUUGAUAAAAUUUAGGCCGAGUUCGAAAAUGGAUCAUCUCGGGUCAAAAACUAGGUCACUAGGUCAAAUCAAAGAAAAACCUUGUGUAUGCGAUAGAGGCUGUAUUUUUCAAUUGAUCUUCAUGAAUUUUGGUCAGAAUGAUUACCUUGAUGAAAUUUAGACCAAGUUCGAAAAUGGGUCAUCUGGGGUCAAAAACUAGGUCACUAGGUCAAAUCAAAGAAAAACCUUGUGUAUGCAAUAGAGGCUGUAUUUUUCAACUGAUCUUCAUGAAAUUUAGCCAGAAUGAUUACCUUGAUGAAAUCUAGGCCGAGUUCGAAAAUGGGUCAUCUGGGGUAAAAAACUAGGUCACUAGGUCAAAUCGAAGAAAAACAUUGUGUAUGCAAUAGAGGAUGUAUUUUUCAAUUGAUCUUCAUGAAAUUUGGUCAGAAUGAUUGCCUUGAUGAAAUCUAGGUCAGUUUUGAAUAUGGGUUAUCUGAGGUCAAAAACUAGGUCACUAGGUCAAAUUAAAGAAAAAUCUUGUGUAUGCGAUAGAGACUGUUUUUUUUUAAUUGAUUUUUAUGAAAUUUGGUCAGGUUGAUUGCCUUAAUGAAAUCUAGGUCGAAUUUGAAUAUGGGUCAUCUGAGGUCAAAAACUAGGUCACUUGGUCAAAUCAAAGAAAAAACUUCUGUAUGUGAUAGAGGCUGUAUUUUUCAGUUGAUCUUCAUGAAUUUUGGUCAGAAUGAUUGCCUUGAUAAAAUCUAGGUCGAGUUUGAACAUGGGUCAUCUAGGGUCAAAACCUAGGUCAUGUCUAAGAAAAUGCUUGUUUUAUCACAAGAGACCAAUUUUUUGGUCCAAUCUUAAUGAAAAUUGGUCAGAAUAUUUGUUUCCAUGAAAUCACUAGGUCAAACAUGUUUUACACUGUUAUGGAGUGUUUCUUAGGUGAGCGACCUAGGGCCAUCUUGGCCCUCUUGUUUUUUAUUUUAUUAGACAUUCUGAAUUUAGAUGUGCACUUGGUUAUGGUUAUAUUGCUGGGUGUAGUAAUAUUUCCAUAUUGUACUGGAGAUUGAGGGAGAAAAAGAAACUUACAUUUGUAGCAAUAUUAGAAAAAAGGGCAAGUUUAGAAAUGUUUGUAUUUUAAUUUAUGGAAUACACCUGUCUCAUAAAUAGAUUUUUGUUUUCGCUUUACAGACAGGGUCUGUGUUCAGGGUUUUGUCUGAUAUUUCCACAGACUUUGGGUGUCUCUUCAUAUGAAUGGUUCUCUACCAAAAAAGUUCUGGAAGAUAGUAAGAGGGGUGCAGACUUUGAACUAUAUAAAUAGAUUUAAAAAGUUACAACUUUGAAUUUUCAGAGAUUUUUGAAUAAGUCUAUAGAGAUCCUUUGAAAGUACAGGAUGCAACAUAUCAAAAUAGUUGCAGUCUCAGUUUGAUCAGGUCUGUUCAUGAGAGUUAAUGAACUUGUAUUAUAAAAGUAUUUUGAAUGGACUCGAUGAUCCCAAGAAUUGAAAUAAUAAAAAACACCCAAGUAGUUUUGGCAAUAUUUACAGUCGUCUGAUGAACACAGGCCUAGGCUUUGUAGAAAAAAUCUGAGUUGGGACUUACUGGUCACAGCACAAUGCCUAAAUUUCAUACAGAUGCUGUUGAAUACAGGUCCAAGCUAUGUAGAAAAUACUGUUUUGUAGAAAAAUGGUUUAUAUUGGAAAAUGAGUGCAAUAUACAUUUUCAGGCUUAAUGUGCUAUGAAAACUGAGCCAUGCCAUGAGCAAA